AGGGGGUGGAGAGACAGGGUAGUUGAGAACGUGUAUGAGAAGGUGAGGGGGAGGGAGGUUAGUUUAACGAUAGAGCAACAACUGGGACAGAAAGAAAGAAAGAAAGAAAGAAAGAAAGAAAGAAAAAGGGUGAAAAAUGCUAAGUAGAAAAGCUGUUCAAAUUAUAGGGUAAUUGAGAGAGAAUAGUAAAAACCAAGUUCCAACAGUGACAUUGAACAGUAAAUAAUGACAGCAUGCAGAUAGAUUUAGUGUGAAUAUUUGAAAAGUAUUUGAAAAGAUAUAAAACACAGUAACAGACACAAGUUACACUUAUUUUAUAGAGGAAUUCAAAUAGGAAACAGAGGGAAGGCAUAUAGAUGAGAUAACAAGAAAAACUAUUUCAAGAAGAUUCAGAAAAGAAGGGAAGGGUUAGUAUUCAAAAUGGCGGUACACAGAAAGUGACUGUAGAUGUGCUCAUGCAUGAUGUGAACCAGUUUAGAUUCUUCCUGAACAUUUGCUUGGAUAUCUUGAAUAAACUCAAAAUAGACAGAUUUUGGAUAUCAUCUGGUUCUGCAGUCCCCUUGGAAGAGUCAUGGAAACGACUGUGCUGGAUUCCACAUUGGUUGGAGCUCUUCUUGUGGUGCCUGUUGUUCUCCUGGCGGGACUAUGUUUGAGCUGCAGAAAACACUCACACACUUCCAUCCAGCAGAAUUAUGGUGACUAUGAUGAGACUCAACCGUUCCCAACGGGAUCAGGAGGAUUUCGUAUAGUGCGAACUGCAGGCCCAGUUCUGGUUGUCUCCACCAAUCCCAUCAACAUGAGCGGGAGCUCUGGACACUCCUCCCACCUACUGUCUGCCACUUCUCCCCUUUUGCUUCAGAGUCGCCACUCCUCCUUUGCUCCAACUGAAGAUGGGAGUAUUCCUAGCUAUGAGAACCAAGAAAUUCCUCAAGGUUUCUGUGUUGAUAAAGAAGAUGAUGAUGUAACAGGUUACAUAGAGGUGCUGCCAGAUCCCCCUGUCAGCAAGUCUGUCUGUGCAUCCCAGCAAAGCCUUCCUUCUGUGCAGAGUUCUGGUACUGGUGAAAUGGACUAUGUAAACGUGGAUUCUGCCAGUGAGAAAAGUUACAUCAAUGUCAAAGAUGACGUCAUUGGACUUUUUCCAGGUGUGUCCUGUGAGAGCAUGGACAGUGAGGACAAUGGUAGCUCUGAUUAUGUCAACGCUCCCCCACAAAGAGGUACCUGUCUGCGAACACUUUUCUAAUACUUCUGCAAGACUACCUGCAAUGUAUUAUUACAACAAAAUUAAGUCAUUUUUACUGUAUACAUUAUAAUGUUUAGGAAAAAUAUAUUUUCUUGACUUGGCUCUGUAAUCAUACAAUUCACAUGAGGUUAAAGUGAAGAUUCUGAGCUUUUAUUAGGUGUAUUUUAUACAUAUUGGUUUCACCGUAUGUAUUACACAUUACAGAACUUUUUAUACAUAGCUCCUUCAUUUCAGGGCUUAUUUGGGACAUAUUAAUGUUAUCUAAAUGAAAGCAGUCAUGUUUAGUACUUUUCGCCUAUCCUUUGCAUGCAAUGACUGCUUGAAAUGUGUGACUCAUAGACAUCACCAGGAGCUACAUAUCUUCUCUUGCAAUCAUCUGCCAGGCCUGUACUGUGGCCAUCUUCAUCUCCUACUUGUUUCGGGAGCUAGUGGCCUUAAGUUUCCUUUCAGCAUAUGGAAUGCAGAUUCAACUGGAUUUAGAUUGAGUGACAGAAAAGAAUUUUUCAGUUUUUGGCUUUGAAAAAAUGAUUUGCUUUGGCAGUAUGUUUGGGAUUAUUUUCUUGCUGUAGGAUAAAGCACCAUCCAAUGAGUUUUUAGGCAGUAGCAGAUGUUUCUGUAGACUUCAAAUUUUAUUCUGUUGCUGUUAUCUGCAGUUACAUCAUCACUGAAGACAAGUGGGUCAGUAGCUGUGGCAGCCAUACAUGCCCAAACCAUAACACACUCAGCAGUUCCUUUUGGCCUUCACAUUUUGCUCUUGCCAUCACUCUGAUAUAAAUUAAUUUUGGUCUCACCUGCCCACUAUGGACUCUUCUAUGGACAGAAUUACUAAUAGCCUGCCUAUUAAAGUGUGUUCCUGAUCUGUCUGACAGGUGAUUGCAUUCACUGCGCUCACCACUGCUCUCUUUCUUCUUAAUGAUGCUUCACACAGUUGAAUUUGAUGACCCGAAGGUUUGGCGUAUGACUCUGACAGUUUUUGUUUUAUUUCUCAGCCUGAUAAUGGCUUCCUUGACUUUCAUUGAAACAACUCUGGACCUCAUGUUGACAAACACCAAUUAUAAAUCCAAAGGCAAUCAAAAGCCUAGAAUAAAGAAUCAGAAAUCUCUCUUAUACCUGUGCUAAAAAAGCAAUUGAUGAACACAUCAGACACAGACUAAUCAGAAACACCUGUGAAGCCAUUUGUCAGAAACAUUGUGGUGCCCAGAAAUGGGAAGGAGGGGGGCUAUGUAUAAAAAGUGCUGUAAUUUCUAUACACCAAAACCAAAAUGUAUUAAAAAAUUCACCACUUAAUGGAAGCUGAGAAUAUGCACGUUAGCCAUGUGAAUUAUUUGAUUACAAAUCAAUCAUUGUGGAGUAUGAAGGCAAAUCAAGAAAAAAAAAACAUUAUGGAGGGCACUGUACUUAAGGCAUUUGGAUUGAACAUCAAAAUAAGAAUAUGAGACAAAAGUACAGACAAUCAGCUUUUAUUUCAUUGUAUUAACAUGGGUAUAUGGUAUACCAUUUUACAGAAACAGGAAAUGUUAAUUCCCCCAUUUUUUAGCUGUGCAUAAGCAAGUUAAGGGAUGACUGGCAAGUGAAAACUGUUGCUCAGGUGUUUUCUUUUGCAUGGAUUGUGCACAUAAAAAAGCAGUUAGUGUUGGUUUUAGCCUUUGUUUUCAUCUGCGGAGAUCACAUUUGGAGUCACAAGGCAUACACUAGUGGUAACCAACCCUGUUCCUGCAGACCUACCAUUCUGUGGGUUUUCAAACACUAAUUAGACUUCAUUAGUUUGAUUUACUUUUCAGUUCAUCAGUUAACCUUUGCAGAGCUGAAAAUGGAGGGACAACACAAAGACAGCUGUUUCUGUAAAAAUGGUCAGAAAAAAACAUACGCAUGUAAAUACCAUAAAAUAAAAGCAGAUUGCCUGUAAUUUUGUCUAAUAUUAUUUAUUUUUUAAAUUCAAAUUCAAAUGCCUUAUAUAGCAAAAAUAACUUUUCACUAUACUGUUUCCAUACAUUUGGAGGGCACAGUAUGAAUACACCAACUUAAGAUACUCUGGAUAAUAGCCUCUGCUAAAUGCCUACAUGUAAAUGUAAUAACAUGUUUGAAACCACUCAUCGUGUACUGUUUAAUACAGAAAAGAGUAUACACUUUAAUGACAGUAUUUCAAGUCUUUGUCAGAGACUGGUCCAUCAGUCUCCAAGGCUGAGGUUUGAGCUCAGAAAAUGGUGAUAACAGUACAAGGAAACAAAUACAUUAACUAGGGGACUGUAAGCAGUACAAACAGAUAAAUUAGUAGAUGGAUGUUCUGACAUCAGCUUCACUGGAACCUUACCUAUAACUGAACUCUUUAUGUUUCAGGUCACUAACAACGAGGAGGAAAUGAUCUUAAGUGGCAUACAGUGAAUCAAGCACACUUCAACUUAAGCACUUAUGAAACAAACUGAGAUAAAGAAAUGGAUGCACAGAAAGUUUGAUUUUAAGCUUGAAAUUAACAUUAAAAGCCUCAUUCAUUUGUUGUAUUUCGUAUCCUAUGAAAAUAGCUGACAAUUCCUGAGAAUAUAUAUUUUUGCUUUAUGUUCAUGAUUUUAAUUCUUGCUCCAUUUUAUGAUAGGCAUUCAAUUAUGGAUUCAAUACAGCAUGUUUGGCCUUCCAGUCCAAUACACACAGAUUCUGUCAUUAUUCCAUUUACAAUAAACAUCAUUUAAAAUCA